GGUUUUCGCGCAACACCAGCCACCCCCACUUACCUCUGCCCGAGGACCGCCGACCAAGCCGCAUUUUCCGCAACCAACCACACGCGCAUUGCGCUCGAAGAAUUGCCACUCGAGGCGCACGCGAGAAUUAAAGUGACCGCGUCAGACGGGUAAUUACCUGCGGUCGGAUUAAAGCCAGCCAUUAUCCUGCUUCAUCGCCGUAGAGUUACCAUUAUCCUGAGGUUUAAACAGGCAACUUGAAGCUAUUACAAUUCUAGGCAGUUGCCGCCAGGAAAGCGCCGUGAGAUGCGGGAACGUCGUGGACGGGAGUUGCUCGGGGGGGAAGCGUCACCAUCGCACGCUCAGAGACAACGCGGGGGACUGCCGACGGAACGAGCGCGGGCGUCACGCGCUUCGAGACUAUUUAUUCCGCAUGGCGCGGCGGUGAUUGGGGCCCUGGCGGUGCUGUGGGCGGGGAAUUUUCCCCUUCUUCCGCGCGUGGGCGCUGUGGUGCCCCUCAGCGCAAGCACAAUCCAAACCCUUCUGACUAUCAAGUCAUCUCUGGGUGUCACCCUCACCACGUGGACCGCCACCAACACGGUCUGCACUCUCUCCAACCAGCAGCAGCUUGCCACGGAUUGGACGGGCGUGUACUGCUCGGCCAUUGGAGAAGUGAGAUACAUCGAUCUGGAGGGUCAGAAGCUGUCAGGAAGCAUCCCAAAGGACAUCUCCAAGCUCACUCUGCUCAACCACAUAGGCCUGGGCACGAACCUCUUGGCGCAGCGACUGGACGUGUUCACAUCGAAUGUGCUGCCGCUCUCCAACCUCGCAGACCUGCAUAUCCAUCAGAAUUGGCUAUAUGGCACCAUCCCUACAGCCCUAAUCGCCCUUCCCAAGCUAUACUGGAUCAAGUUCUUUAGAAACUACCUAACCGGCACAUUCCCCACCCCUGGCCCGGCCCUCAAGAACAUGGACCUGCAGCACAACUUCCUCUCGGGCCCCUUCCCCUCGCACUCCGCCACCUACUGCACCGCCACCAGCAACUGCUUCUCUCAGGCCGCCACCUGCAACACCACCGCCACCACCCAGCGCUCCCCCGCUGCCUGCUCCGUCUGCGGCGUGACGAUGACAGGGGACGGCACGGGGUGGGUGGUGCCGGUGGGGGGAGCAGCGACGCAGGUGUUAUGUGGGGGAGGUGUAUGCGCUCCCAACGCCACUGUCCCAGCGAGUCUCGGCUCGCCGUAUGUCUCGUCCUCUCCGCUGCUCCCCAUGUUCUGUGCUGUUGUCGGCAUGGAUGGGGGGUCGUCCCAAGCCUUGCUUGCACUCAAGUCGUCCCUGGGAGUCACCCUUCCCUCGUGGGUUCCCGCCCCUACUGCUACAGUCAUGGGUGUUGCCUCAACGUCUCCCUCCUUCCCCUCCUCCUCCUCCCCCUCCUCGGCGUAUUUAUGCCCGGUGACGGGUGCGUUGGCACCUCCCCUGUCGGCUGCUGCUGCUGCUGCUGGCACGUGGAGUGGUGUGGAUUGCAACGCAGCUGGUGCGGUUGUCAGAAUAAAUCUCAAUCGCCAGGGUCUCACCGGCACCAUCCAUUCGGCCAUCUCCAAGCUCACUGCCCUCACACAUAUUGACUUAGGCUACAAUCUCAUCCAAGCCCGCCUCUCCACGUUUGCGACCCCCCUCACCGCUCUGACUGCCCUCAAGGAUCUGUUUCUUCAUUACAACUGGUUCAUGGGCUCUAUUCCUUCGUCUCUCCUCCGAUUGCCAGCCUUGACAGCACUGGGUCUCUUUUCCAACUACCUCACCGGCACCAUUCCCCCCAUCCCCUCCUCCCUCGUGGGUCUCGACAUCGGCAACAACUUUCUCUCGGGCUCCCUCCCGCCUCACUCCCUCCAGUUCUGCGCAGCCGAAAACAACUGUCUCUCCUCCUCCACCUCCUCCUCCUCUUCCUCCAAAUGCAAUUUCUAUGGCACUAAUCAGAGGCCGCUAGCCAACUGUGCCGUGUGCGGGAUAGGGGAUACAGCAGGAACAGCAGGGGUGGGAGGGGGGUGUUGGGAUGGCGUGUGUGUGGCAGACGCUGCUGUGCCUGUCGCUCAGGGGGUGCCCAAUGGGCCCAUGCAGCCUACUCUCCCCAUGACCUGUGUCGGCUCUUCUGUCGUCACCAUUCGCUCUUCCUCCUCAUCUGCACUGCUCGCCCUCAAGACCACUCUCGGGGUGUCCCUCACCACGUGGCGCACAGAUCUCCCCUGUGCAAUCGAUGGCAGCACCAGCAGCACGUGGAGUGGGGGCACCUGGUCUGGUGUGCGGUGUGACAUCACGGGCAAUGUCACUUACCUCGACUUGAACUAUCAGCAGCUGAGAGGGUCCAUCCAUGCUGACGUCAGCAAGCUCACUGCUCUCACACUCCUGAACCUCCAUGCCAAUGUAUUCUGGAUGCCUCUCGGGAGUUUCACCUCCCGCCUCUCCGCACUCACCAACCUCAAGCUGCUUCAGCUGCAGUACAACUGGCUCUACGGGUCCCUGCCAUCCACCCUCCUGGCACUGCCUCGCCUCACAAAGCUGACUCUGAACUUCAACUUCUUGACCGGCACGGUUCCGCCCGUCUCCGUUUCCUUGGCUUACCUGUCCGUUCAGCAAAACUAUCUCUCAGGAACCUUCCCCUCGAACAGCAUCACAUACUGCAAUUCACUGUACAAUUGUUUCACUCAAGUUGGCAAUUGCACAUCAGCAGGACGUGAUCAAAAUAUGGGCUUUAUGUGUUCGAUAUGCGGUUCGGUGGAUGGUUCGGGGGCCUUAUGUUCGGGAACUGGGGUAUGCAAGCCAAAUGUUGCUGAAGCUGUAGCUGCUGGAGCAGUUUAUGGGCCAGACUCUGAUUUGGUGGUGAUGUAUUGUGACACAAUCUGAUCAUGUGCUUGACACGCAAAUUGGGCUCAUAAGUUUGGGUUGGGUGUUGUAGGGGCCUAAAUUGAGGCUAGAUAUAACUGCAGGAGUUAAUUUGGUUUUGGAGGCCAGACAUGCAAUGUCAAGCUGGCAGUACUGGUAUUGGGGAGAGCUUCCCAUUGUAUGAUGGAUUAGGAUAUAGACUUGGAGUCAAAACGUGAAUAAG